AUGACUGAUGAGGACACCUCCUUCAACAUGAGCCAAAUUAUGGAUGAAAUGUCGGUGGUUGAAGCAUUGGAUGACAGUCAAGCUUCUCUCAAGAGAAAAACAAGAUCUUCGAUGUCUGCUUCCACUAAGCUUCCACGAUAUGACGAUGAGGCAUGUGGAACUCUUCAUUCAAUCGACAUAUCCUUAUCACUCGCCAGUCAACCCAGCGCUUCUCUCGAACAACUUCAUAUCUUUGUAUUAGCGCACAUCUUUCGACGACCAAUCAUCGUUUAUGGUGUGAAGUACGUUAAAAGCUUUCGUGGAGAAGACAUUGGAUAUGCAAGAUUUGAGGGUCUCUAUUUGCCUUUAUUAUGGGAGCAAAGCUUCUGCAUUCGUUCGCCAAUUGCUUUAGGUUACACAAGAGGUGGAUUGAUGGUUGCACAACAGAAGCUUCAUAAAAGGCCACUUCUUGUUGCACAAAUGCUUGAAGAAUGGUUGAAUCAUUAUCGGCGGAUAGCAAGAACAUAUGUUUUGAUGAUUGAUGAAAAAGAAAAAGAUGAUAUUUUGAUUGGUGAAGAAGAAGAAGAACAAAAUGACGUUUUGAUGUUUGAUGAAGAACAGGAAGAUGUUUCGAUUGAUCAUGAAGAACAGGAAGAUGUUUUGUUCGAUCAAGAAGAAGAAGAUGACGAUUCUGACGGUAUUUUGGCAAAAAAUUUCCAUGUAGCCAAUGCAAACUAG